UCCUGACAGCGCUGCUGGGCCGCAGGCCCCUCUGGAGAUGAAUCUUUGUUGGAACGAGAUCAAAAAGAAAUCUCACAGCCUUCGGGCUCGUCUGGAGGCGUUCUCCGACCACAGUGGGAAGCUGCAGGUGCCCCUCCAGGAGAUCAUCGACUGGCUGGGCCAGAAGGAUGAGGAGCUGUCGGCACAGCUGCCCCUGCGUGGCGAUGUGCUCCUGGUGCAGCAGGAGAAGGAGACGCACGCGGCUUUCAUGGAAGAGGUGAAGUCCCGGGGGCCGUACAUUUACUCUGUCUUAGAGUCAGCGCAGGCUUUCCUCUCUCAGCAUCCAUUUGAGGAACUGGAAGAGCCAACUUCAGAAAGCAAAGAUGUGUCUCCCCGGCACCGCAUCCAGAACAUCAGCCGCUUCGUCUGGAAGCAGGCAAACGUGGCCAGUGAGCUGUGGGAGAAGCUGACAGCCCGCUGCGUGGACCAGCACCGGCACAUCGAGCGGACGUUGGAGCAGCUGCUGGAGAUCAAAGGGGCCAUGGAGGAGCUCAGCACAGCGCUGGAUCAGGCUGAGAGCGUGCGUGAAACCUGGGAACCCAUCGGGGACCUCUUCAUCGAUUCCUUGCCAGAGCACAUCCAGUCGACCAAGCUCUUCAAAGAGGAGCUCUCUCCCAUGAAGGAUGGGGUGAAGGUGGUCAAUGACCUUGCACACCAGCUCGCCAUCUCCGAUGUGCACCUGUCCAUGGAGAACUCUCGCACCCUGGAGCAGAUCAACACACGUUGGAAGCAGCUGCAGGCCUCCAUCAACGAACGCCUGAAGCAGCUCCAAGAUGCCCACCGGGACUUCGGGCCGGGCUCCCAGCACUUCCUCUCCUCCUCUGUUCAGGUUCCCUGGGAGCGAGCCAUUUCCCCCAACAAAGUGCCAUACUACAUCAACCACCAGGCACAGACCACGUGCUGGGACCACCCAAAGAUGACAGAGCUGUACCAGACGCUGGCGGAUUUGAACAACAUCAAGUUCUCAGCCUAUCGGACAGCUAUGAAGCUGCGGCGGGUGCAAAAAGCCCUGCGAUUGGACAUGGUGACCUUGGCCACGGCCCUGGAAAUCUUCAACGAGCACGACCUGCAGCCCAGCGACCGCGUGAUGGACGUGGUGGAGGUCAUCCACUGCCUGACCUCCCUCUACGAGAGGCUGGAGGAGGAGCGGGGCAUCCUGGUGAACGUGCCGCUCUGCGUGGACAUGAGCCUCAACUGGCUGCUCAACGUCUUCGACAGUGGCCGCAGUGGGAAGAUGAGGGCUCUCUCCUUCAAGACGGGCAUUGCAUGUCUGUGUGGGACAGAGGUCAAGGAGAAGUUUCAGUACCUCUUCAGCCAAGUGGCAAACGCAGGCGGGCUGUGUGACCAGAGGCAUCUGGGUGUGCUGCUGCACGAGGCCAUCCAGGUGCCACGGCAGCUGGGUGAGGUGGCAGCGUUUGGGGGCAGCAACGUGGAGCCCAGCAUCCGCAGCUGCUUCCGAUUCAGCCAUGGGAAACCUGCCAUCGAGGCAGCCCAGUUUCUGGAGUGGGCCAACCUGGAGCCUCAGUCUAUGGUGUGGUUGGCCGUGCUGCACCGCGUCACCAUGGCAGAGCAGGUGAAGCACCAGACCAAGUGCUCUGUGUGCCGGCAGUGCCCCAUCAAGGGCUUCAGGUACCGCAGCCUGAAGCAGUUCAACGUGGAUAUUUGCCAGACCUGCUUCCUCACUGGGCGAGCCAGCAAGGGCAACAAGUUGCACUACCCCAUCAUGGAGUACUACACCCCGACCACCUCCAGUGAGAACAUGAGGGACUUUGCCACCACGCUGAAGAACAAGUUUCGGUCCAAGCAGUACUUCAGCAAGCACCCACAGAGGGGGUACCUGCCUGUGCAGUCCGUGCUGGAGGCUGACUUCUCUGAGACACCAGCCUCCUCCCCGAUGUUGCCUCACGCUGACACGCACUCUCGGAUUGAGCACUUUGCCAGCAGGCUUGCAGAGAUGGAAAACCAGAACUGUUCCUUCUUCAGUGACAGCCUAUCCCCUGAUGACAGCUUGGAUGAGGACCAAUACUUGCUGCGUCACUCCAGCCCCAUCACGGACCGGGAGCCUGCGGGCAGCCAGCAGGUCCCAGGCAGCCUGCCCAUGGAUGAUAAGGGGGAGCUGGAGCGCAUCCUGGCCCACCUGGAGGAUGAAAACAGGAUCCUCCAGGGAGAGCUGAGGCGUUUGAAGUGGCAGCACGAUGAGGCAGUGGAAUCCCCAACCUUGGCUACGAGCUCCCCCGAAUUGGUGCAGGACCCACGCAACGAGGAGCUCCUGGCAGAGGCUCGGAUCCUCCGGCAGCACAAGAGCCGCCUGGAGACCCGCAUGCAGAUCCUUGAGGAUCACAACAAGCAACUGGAGUCCCAGCUGCACCGGCUGAGGGAGCUGCUGCUGCAGCCUCCAGCAGAGUCAAAUGGCAAUGGUUCAGCAGCAUCUUCCUUGGCUUCAUCUCCACAUCAGUCUGAAGGCGGCCAGGCGAGGGAUAAGGAGCACGACACCCCUGACACCGAAGCAGCAGAUGAGGUGGAAGCCAAAACACAAGAAGUCAGCGUGUGCCUGGAGGACAUCAUGGAGAAGCUGCGCAGCGCCUUCCCCAACUCUCGAGAGAGGAUGAGGAGGAGCCCUCCCACCUGCGAGGACAGCACUCGGAGCCGCACGCUGGGCAGAGGUGUUGGCUCCUUUCUGCCCUAUGGGCUCUGUGCUGCGGAUGGACAGAGUGAUGGCAGCGAGGCUGCGGUGACCGCCUUCAGGAGAGGAACAGCAGCAGUAUGAGCUCUUGUGGCUGCGCAAGGAUAGCUCUUCCAGCAGGGAUGGUUUGGGGUUGGGAUGGGGGUGGGGCUGCUUUGUGACCGCCCGCUGAAUGCCCAUGCAUACAGCAAGGAGAUGCUGCUUGGUGCCAGCAUUAACACGCCACAGGGCAGUGCUGCCCCGUCCCACCCCCACCUUCUAACACCUCCUCCCUUCCCAUCUCUCUUGCAGGUAUGACCUCCCUUAUCUAACACCUCCAGAGGCUUUGCCUAACCACUGCCCAGCUGCUUCGCCCCCUCCUCUCCCCAUGCUCAUGAGCUGCAGGAGAUCUCAGGGGAACAUCGGGGCUGUGGGGUCACAGCACUGCUCGCAGAGAGGCUCAGAAGGAAGAGCUGCACGGCACACAGAGCUCAGCACCCUGCUCCUCUCUGGUUCUGCCCUUUAGGGUGAUGGGCACCAUAACGCUCCUGCAGCCACCGAGCAGCCUCCCAGGGGCUGAGCCAACUCUGUAACAGCAGCCGACUGCCGGCCUUGUGGAUGGGACUCUGAGAGGUGCUGGGUUUGUGGGGUAGGGACGAGCCCACACCAGAGCUUCAGCCCAACUAGUAGCCUUAUCUCGGGAGGAUCUUUAUAACAGAGCCUUAUCAUUUAAUUUGCAUAUAUUUCUAUAUAUUAUAUAUAUAUUCUGUACUUAAAUACUCUCACGGACUCAUGCCAUUAAACCCUAACACUGA